AUGACACUAAGCUUCUUUGAUCAAUUUAUGAGCCCCACAUAUUUAGGCAUUCCCCUUAUAGCCCUCGCUUUAACUCUCCCCUGAGUCCUUUAUCCUACCCCCUCUGCUCGAUGAUUAAACAACCGCUUCCUCGCUCUACAAGGUUGAUUUAUUAACCGCUUUACCCAACAACUUCUUCUCCCUUUAAGCCUAGGCGGUCACAAAUGAGCCGCGCUCUUAACUUCCUUAAUAAUCUUUUUAAUUACCAUCAACAUGCUAGGCCUCCUCCCUUAUACUUUUACCCCUACUACUCAGCUGUCCCUUAAUUUAGGACUCGCAGUACCCCUUUGACUGGCCACAGUCCUUAUUGGAAUACGAAACCAGCCGACACAUGCCCUCGGACACCUUCUCCCUGAAGGAACCCCUGGCCCUCUAAUCCCUGUUCUCAUUAUUAUCGAAACAAUUAGCCUAUUCAUUCGCCCUCUUGCUUUAGGAGUCCGACUUACGGCUAACUUAACUGCAGGCCACCUUUUAAUUCAACUCAUUGCCACCGCCGCCUUUGUCCUUCUACCCCUAAUACCUGUCGUAGCAAUCUUAACUUCCACAGUCCUUGUUCUCCUAACCCUACUAGAAGUUGCCGUAGCUAUAAUUCAAGCCUACGUAUUUGUUCUUCUCCUAUCUCUCUAUCUACAAGAAAACGUCUAA